GUGUGUGUGUGUGUGUGUGUUUGGGCAGGGCUGCAGUGAAGCGCGGCUGAUGUGCGUGAAUCUCUCAUAGACGCGCUUGCAUAUUUGCGGUCUUCAACGAAAAUCGGUGAUAUUUUUGAAUAUAUGCCUUCGUUCAUACGAGUUCAUGACGGAACCGGGGUUGUCCUUGAUUUCUUUUGCGGAGACAGCAGAGAUUUUCCCCGGGACUGACAUUAUGCGCUCGGUAACCGGGAGCUGAUGCUAGUAUCAUCUGACAGCUGAUAUAACGGUGAAGAACCUGCGCGCAUUGAUAUACAUUCAUACGGAAGGAAUCAAGAUGUCGAUGAAAUCAAAGAACGGCGAGACUGUGAAGGUGGUAGUUCGGUGUCGCCCGCUGAACCGUAAAGAAGAAUCGUCGGGUUAUGACGAUAUCGUGGAGAUGGAUGUGAAAUUGGGCCAGGUGACCCUGCGGAACCCCAAGGCGGGUCCGGGUGAACUGCUCAAGACCUUCACGUUUGACGCGGUUUACGAUGCUUGCUCCAAACAGAGUGAUUUGUACGACGAAACCGUCCGACCGCUCAUCGACUCGGUUCUGCGCGGCUUUAACGGCACCAUCUUCGCGUACGGACAGACGGGCACCGGGAAGACGUACACCAUGCAGGGCCAGUGGCUGGACGCAGAGCGCCGCGGCAUCAUCCCGAACUCGUUCGAGCACAUCUUCACGCACAUCUCGCGCUCUCAGAACCAGCAGUACCUCGUGCGGGCCUCGUAUCUGGAGAUCUACCAGGAGGAGAUCCGGGACCUGCUCACCAAAGACCACAGCAAGAAGCUGGAGCUGAAGGAGAGCGCAGACUCAGGGGUCUACAUCAAAGAUCUGUCCUCCUUCGUCACCAAGAACGUCAAGGAGAUCGAGCAUGUCAUGAAUGUGGGGAACCAGACCCGAUCUGUUGGCUUCACCAACAUGAACGAGCACAGCUCUAGAUCGCAUGCCAUCUUCAUCAUCACGGUGGAGUGCAGCCAGCUCGGUCCAGAUGGCCAGAACCACAUCCGAGUGGGCAAGCUCAACCUGGUGGACCUGGCUGGCAGCGAGAGGCAAACCAAAACAGGUGUCCAAGGUGAACGUCUCAAGGAGGCCACCAAGAUCAACCUAUCCUUAUCGGCUCUAGGAAACGUCAUUUCCGCCCUGGUGGAUGGACGAAGUUCUCAUGUACCCUACCGUGAUUCCAAACUCACACGGUUGCUUCAGGAUUCUCUGGGAGGGAACGCCAAAACCAUCAUGGUGGCCACGUUGGGUCCGGCCUCAUACAAUUACGAGGAGACUCUGACCACCCUGCGCUACGCCAACCGUGCCAAGAACAUCAAAAACAAGCCACGCGUCAACGAAGACCCCAAAGACGCCCUUCUGAGAGAGUUCCAGGAGGAGAUUGCCCGGCUCAAAGCGCAGUUGGAUAAACGGGGCAUACUCACCAGGAGAAAGAGAAGAAGCAGAAGACUAAGGAAGAUUGGUGAAGGGGGUGAGGAAGAGGUAGAGGAGGACGAGGAGGUGGAGGAUGAAGAUGAGGAGGAAAGCUUGGAGAAGGAAGGACAGGAGUACAUGAAGGAGCAGCAGGAGAAGCUGGAGAGAGAGAAGGAGGCGAUCAAAGAUGACCAUUCUCUGGUGGCCGAGGAGAAACAGAGACUCCUGGAGGAGAAAGAGAGGAUGAUGAGGUAUCUGAAGAAGGAGCAGGAGGCCACCGACCUCCUUACAGCCAAGUUCAAGGCAAUGGAAAGCAAGCUGCUGGUUGGUGGGAAAAACAUCAUUGAUCACACUAAUGAACAACAGAAGAUGCUGGAACUGAAAAGACAUGAGAUCGCUGAACAGACACGUAGAGAGAGAGAGAUGCAGCAACAGAUGUUGGUCCAGGAUGAAGAAACAGUAGAACUCAGAGAAACGUUCUCCUCUUUGCAACAGGAAGUGGAGGCGAAGACCAAGAAACUUAAAAAGUUGUAUGCGAAGCUGCAGUCUCUAAAGGCUGAUAUUCAGGAUGUGAAUGAUGAACAUGUCAGAAGCAGACAGGAACUGGAACAAUCUCAGAACGAACUUACCCGAGAACUCAAAUUUAAAUAUCUGAUAAUAGAGAACUUUAUCCCUCCUGAAGAAAAGAAUAAAAUCAUGAACAGACUUCAGUUUGACACUGAGGAGGAUCAGUGGAGGUUUCAGCCUCUCGUCCCGGCAGAGAAUAAAUUCACGCAGAUGAAGAGAAGACCCACUUCCGCUGUGGGAUACAAGCGACCAAUCAGCCAGCACGCCAGAGUUGCCAUAGCAAUGGGAGCACAUUCCAGAUACAGGGCUGAGAAUAUAAUGGUUCUGGAACUGGACAUGACUCCCCCUGUCGUGUUUCAACUGGACUCCCCAAAGUCCGGGUCACAGACAGAACUGUCUCGGGAUGUUCUGUUGGACAAUGACACCUACAGAGAGAAAUCAGCAUCCGGACGGGUCAAAAAAUCUCACUCAUGGUGCCAGUCUUCGCAAGUCAUUUCCUCCUCAAGCUCCGCCCUCUCUCUGGCAUCCUCAGGGUCCAUUAGCUUGCCACACCCCCAAAACAUUGCCAUGGCAACAGCCCAUGAAUGAAGUACUGGAAGUACCAUUACAUCGCCCCUGCAAGGGAUAAACAACAAGUCACGAAAAGCAGCAUAUACUGAGGAAGAUGAUGGUCAGACAAAUUGCUCCAUCACCAUUAACCAGUUACUCCUAUACAGAAUGAUUGGAGCAAUCAAACUAAGUCUUUAGGUAAAGUCCUCAAAACCUGUGAACGCGAGAGAGAACAUGUUUUCACUCUCCAGAUCGGAGUCUCUCCAGACUUAACACGGACCCAUUCCAGCUCAUCAAGACCAAUCAAACAAUGACAAAAAAUAUUCACCCUUUCUCUCUCUCUCUUUCUCUUGCUCUCUGCUCAACUGACACUCAGGACAAUAUUGACCUGAACAGACUUUGAUAACUGCCAUCAAAAGACUCGACAGCACUGAAUAAUCUCACCACGCUGGAGACCUGAGACUAUUUAAAGGUGAAGUGUGUUAUUUUUGCAACACUUGUGGCACCAAACAGAAUUGCAAAAAUAGUGAAUGUUUUCAAACAGAAAGUCCUGCCCUAAACUCAUGCCAUUGGUUGAGCCAAUGUUGCUGUGUUGGGCUGGUCGUGAUGAUCAAACAAACAGAGCAAUGUUUUGAUAGCACUACAAUAUUGCAUGCUGUUUCAACAUUUAAUCAUGUGCAGGAUAUGAAUUAUAGAUUUCAACAAUUCAAUUUUCACCAGUUAAAAUGUCAAUUUUUGACAUCCAAUGGACCUCAUCAUUUAUAUCAGUAAUUACAUUUGUACUAGAAAAAUCAUUAAUUCUUGAUAUAAAAAAUGACAGUUCCUCGCUAAAAUAUACAUUCUUGUAAAACACAUCCCUUUUGAUAUCUGUAAUUAUAUUUUCAUUAGUAGAAUUUCACAAUUACUGUAUCAUUCACUCCUGUUCAAAACACAAUUACAGAUAUCUCAUAAUUAUAGAAAUCUAUAAUUAAUUUCUUACUAGUUGAAAUUACAAAUACACAAAUAAGCUAUAUGCUUUGUACUAGUAAAGAUUAUAAUUUUUACUAUAAAAAAUUCACAUAUUGUUAAGUUGUAGCCUUAUGCUAAAAUGCUUUAAAUUAUUAUUUUUUCAUAU